CUAGCCGAAUCAAACACGACCCCGACUGUCCCAAGCAGAGAUUCAAGAAUGAAGUUGCAGAGGGUUAUGCUUUAAGUGAGGGGACCCAUGGAACAAGGAGCACAUCUGCAAGUUCUGGCACUUCCGGCUUGAACUAGUCGAAGGAAACGAAGGAGAGGAAGUAGAGGAAGGGCGAGGCUAGGCCUCGGGGGAAGAAGAGGGACCCUCUCUAGAGACCGGUCUUCGUGUGCUGAAAAUUUCCCUGCAAAGCCUGAAGGGCUUCACCAACAAAAAAAUCCUUCAUGGUGAAAGGAACUCUCCGAGGACAGGACGUCAUGAUCCUGGUGGAUUGUGGGCCAGAAGGCAACUUCCUACACACGACACUAGUGGAGACUUAAGAUGAAGGUAACUGAGACCCUCCCCUAUGGGGUGGAACUCGGAACAGGGACACAGCUCCAAAGCAAAAAGGUGUGCGAGGGAGUCAGACUUGAUGUACAAGGGGUGGCAAUUGUACAAACAUUCUAUCUCAUCAAGUUGGGUAGUGUGGAUAUAGUACUGGGCAUGGAGUGGCUGCAACGCUUGGGAACGAUUACAGCAAAUUUCUAUCAGCUGUACAUUAAAUGGCAAAAGGGAGCUGAAAGUCGGAUGAUACGAGGGGACGCAUCCUUAGGCAGAAAAUGUGCCACACUCAAAACAACUUUAAAAGCAUUAAAGGAGGAAGGCGGGGGAAUUUUGGUGACUGCAGUAGGACCAGAGGUGGAGGCUCCAUCGGAGAUACUAGACGUCAUGCGCAAGUUACAGGAAGAGUUUGAAGAUAUCGGCACAAUACAAAAGGGGCUACCCCCUGUGAGGACAUGCGACCAUGCUAUAAUCCUUAAGGAAGGAGCAGUCAUACCACAUAUCAGGCCCUACCGUUAUCCUCACUCGCAGAAGAAUGAGAUUGACAAAUUAGUGGAUGAGAUGCUAGAAGCUGGCAUCAUCAAGCCCAGUAUUAGCCCAUAUUCAAGGCCAGUAUUGCUGGGAAGAAGAAGGAUGGAGGAUGGAGGUUCUGCGUUGACUACCGAGCCCUGAACAAAAUCACCAGACCAGACAAGUUUCCCAUUCCAGUCAUUGAGGAACUGUUGGAUGAACUGGCCGGAGCACCGGUGUUUACUAAGCUGGACCUAAAAUCUGGGUACCACCAGAUUAGGAUGCGGGAAGAUGACAUCGGAGAAACAGCAUUUCAAACACACGAGAGACAUUAUGAAUUUUUGCCAAACAGAGGACGAACAUUUGAAGCAAGUAAGGAAUGUGCUGGAGCUAUUAAGGCAAAAUCAAUUGUACAUCAACAAAAUUUCCACCUUGAGUACAAGGUGAUUGUUCAGGAAGGGAUAUUGUUAGAGACAAGUUUCCUGAGUGCUUGAAAGUUUACAAGCGGCAAAACUAUAGGAGAGGAAUUAGGAAAUAAGUUGUUAUGUUCUGUUUUGAGUAGUUUAGGAUUUCCUUUUGUUAUUGUUUUCUGUUACCUUCUGUUAUUUUCUGUUUUAGGAUUUCCUUUUGUUAUUGUUUUCUAUUACCUUUUGUUAUUUUCUGUUACAGUAGCUAGGAGCAUGAUUUUAGGAAACAUAACAACUUAAAUAAGGGGAUUACAAAGGGGAAUGGGCAUCAGGAAAAUUAUUUCAAACUUAGGGUGUUGAGCCACUUGAGAGCUCACUCUCCAUUGCUGUAAUUUCUGCUCAACUGAGCCAAUUCAAUACAUAAUUUAAAUUUCAG